AUGAGGAGUUUUAUCCUUUUAGACAAAUUUAAUGAAGAGGAGAAAAGGAAUAUCCUCACAACAGUUUGUUUUCGUGGCGUCUAUCCAACUAUACGUUUCACCGACGUCGUAGUUGAGGGACCGCCACCAAAACUCGGUCGGUACCGAGCCUGGCGUGAAUUACACCUGAAUCGGUAAUCACCAAUUUUUAAUGUGUUUAUAAAGUUUUUCGUAUUCCAAAUUAUUUUUUCUGUCUUCAAACGCAAACCGAGGUAUGUGCGACUGUCCAGAAUUUUCUGUCUCAGCCUUUCUCUCAAAAUACACACAUAUUUCGGUAGCAAGGCAGAAAGAGCAAAAUAUUCCUGGAAAAUGGAUAAAACAGAAAGGAUGGCUUUAAGAGGAUUGUGUAUAUGAGACCAUAGGAUCCAGAAAGUAUCAACCUAGCCCUUUUAGUCAGUGACUAAAUGUAAACUUACCAGCGGCACAUUUUUCAAAGUUCGUUAUUUCCUGAAAAUUGCUUUUCGUUUAUUUUUUUAAUUGUCGCGCUCAAUUCCUUUACCAAAUGACCGCGUACGAUAAGACUUUCGGCAGAAAUUUAUCUAUUUUCUGUCUCUUCUUGCUCUCCGUCCUGUGUGUUGCUCCGCCCUUAAAACCCCUUCUACCACCACUCAACUUAUGACGCCGCCCACAGGCUAGCUCAGGGUAAUUGAGGGUCCUACACCCAUCGUUGCCAAAGGGUAAAGCACCCGGCGGAUUUACCCAUGGAAGUGUGUGUUUUAUUAACUUUCGCCUCUUUUGCACCAACAUCGAAUUGUAUCUACAAGAGACUUCACCUAUCUCAGCAAAUCAUGAGUAAUUUUUAUAACAUCUAGCAUAAACGAAUGCCUACAAGCUCACCCCACCGCAACGGAACGGGCACAAUCCACUGACAUGCGCACUUCCAGUCGCUUCUCUCUGCUGCCUACUUUUGAGAUCCAACUUGGUGUGGCGCCCCAGUGCGAUGGCAGCAAGCCUAGCAAUCGUCAGCUAAAGGAACUGCGCGGCACCCAAAACGGCCUCUACUUCGGUGGUCCCGACGCACAAGCCUUCCUACAACACCACGCCGCCUCGGCGAACGAACUCUACUCUUUCCUGGUGGCCCAGGAAAGAAGCGGCAGCACUCAGGUUUUCCUGAGUCUAGAGAACAAUGGAAACGUGCCAGCCGAGGUCCAAUUCCUUUUCCCCUCGCAGCUGCGACCACCCAGGGAGAACUGGCUCGAGAUGGCGUACAUCUCGGAGACAACCAAGGAACAGGUGACAGUUCAACCGUCACCAACCCCGGUCUAUAAAACGUUUUUUUUUCACUUUGACCCAACUGUGGAAAACUCGGUGCCUCGGUGGGAUUGGAAACCAUGACAGCAAGGGAAGACUUUAGUACAGCCAACGCUCUAACCACCUGAGCUACGAGGCCCUGCCGGACGACGUUUUUAAACAGGGGUGUGUAAUUUAAAGCGCAUGACCAGGGGGGUAGUGGUUAGAAGGCUGUUCCUUUCCGUAGAGCAGUGUCUGUGCGAAGUCACUAAAGUGGUGCGUCAACAGCACUGGUCAGGAGAGCAAAGCCGACUGCUCGCCCUCAUUGGCUGUUACCGAGCUCUGAUGAUUGGCGCAGUCAACGUGCGCUGAAGGUCACUCACUUCAUCCGGGGGGCGCCGAGGGCGGUGGACGCGUGCAGCGUCCUGCGCGGGUAAAGACGAGGGUCAGAGUGGGCCUGCGGCUAUAGUGAACCUGGGCAUUUAGCUGCCUCAUUGGCAUAGGCUACUGCAAUCCAACACUCGACUGUAGACCAUUUCGUAUAACAUCGAUUUUACCGUUCGACACACUUUCUACAAACUGGUGUAGUUGCUCGCUUAUCAGUGGUCCUAUGGAUAAUAAUGCUUUAAACCAUAACGCAGCUGUGGUGCUUGUUCGGGUUAGCACACUUGCUCUCAGUAGCUUGCAAAGGCUUAGCUUAUUUCCGUGCGGAAGAAUACAACGUGUAUUUGGGCAGGACUGACAGAACUCGAAGUCACAUAUGACUGAUUAGUGGGGAUAUCCAAAGAUCGUUCGAUCGUCAUAAGCGACGACGCACACUGGCAGCCACAUUGAGUGGUCGCAGUACAGGGGACUUGCUCAUGAGUUAAAGCAGACUUGCGCAGCAUCCACCGCACUCUCUCCUCACUCUUUUACCAUGCUCCGAUAGCUAGGAAGUGCCCAGAAGGCGAGAUCUGUGCUCAGGUGUAGUGGCUGACCAAGAUAUGCAACCCGUCUGUGCGUGCAACAAGUGACCGGGAUUCUUUGAGGGCGACUCGGAAGUCAGGCGCAUGAGAGUGCCUCAGGGGCUACGGUGAAAAGGAACCAUCGCGGCCUGACGCUCAGUUCCGAGAACGACCGAGUCAUCUAGUCAGGCCACAGCCUUCUAAAACAUUACUCUUGGUGCGUGGUGAUAGAUUUAAGCGCGCCAGAUUUAGUGUAGCAAAGAAUGCUCUAAUUUGCUAAUGGGAGUGAUUCCCCACUGUCGGUAUCUCUCUGUGUGUGCCUGGAACAAAAUUUAAUUCGGAUAAACUACAAAAAGAGAUAGGCGCACGACUGAAAACAACAAGGCAGACUAACACGGUUAUUUCUUGCCUGUGGGCGGGCGAGUCACAGACUCGCCUUGCCGGCUGCCACCCGGAAAGUAUAGAUUAACCACUAUUUGUCUUGCAUCCGUGAUAUGCAAGUAAAAGUCAUUCCCACCCGAUUGCCUAACCAUUGUCUGGGAACUUCGUUGCGGAAUUUUGUGAAAACGACCGCGUGUAUCAAUAAAAUAGGAGGGGACUAAAAUUUCUGAAACUUGAAGCAGUCAAUCCAAAUCCUGCUCAGUUGAAUUUAUAUCCAGGGGUUGACCGAACUACGUUACCAAACAGACGGCAGCUUCCAUUUUGAAUGCUUAGACACCGUGUACUUCUUUGAUGGGACAUGGCAUUUUCACAUGGAGUACGUACCACGGCAUCUUUUUUUGUCAGAGGUAACAUUUUUUCCCCAGCGAUGUUCAGCGACACCGUCUAGACGAAACGUGUUUAAGUCACUGAGCCUUCACCCCACAGAAGUAUACGGGAAGUUCAAUGACAUUCUUUGGAUUUUCGCCUGGUCGGUUACUUUACGCACAUCUGGUUAACCAUCAUCCUCUGCCAACUGGAAAGGGUGUUUAUCUUCCUUUGCUGUACGAUUCCAUUGAGGACUUCGACAGACUUCUGCCCAAAGUCUAAUCCGUUUUCGCUUAUACGUAAUUGAAAGAAGGCAAGGCCAUUAUGUUUGUUUAAAGGCAGAGGUUAUUUCUUGUGACUACACUCAAGCGCACACCAGAUAAAAGUGUCAGAUAAGCAAACGAAGUUCAUUAUAUAUCUUUCAGACGGUUUAGUCUCCAAGUCAAUCAGGGAGUCAAAUGGCCCCAACAGUUCACUGGUCACCUCUUCGCCUCUGGCCCAGAAACAGUCUUGUUCAGAUAGUUUUCCACAAAUUUCUCAAAUGCUUGGAUUGCAAGCGCGGUAGUUCGACCGUCGUAAUCGACGAUGUCCACCGUGUGCUCCUCAGCAUGGCGAGAGAAGGGACGGUGACUUAUGGGUGAAUUAGUUUAGAGUGGCGACAGACUUUCACAGCAUCUACCGCACUCCCUCCUGCCCUCCCACCUGGGCUCGGUGCCGAGAUAUAGUCGAGAAGACUGUACAUGGGGGGCAUAGGUGCAUGUCCAGUGCUGCGUUUAUAUACGCUUUUAAACAACUAUGUAAACGAAGAAGCAUCUUCGGGUACUGCUCUCUCAAUGUUUGCGGCCCUGUUCACAUGUUUUUACGAAAAAAAUAUUUCAGAUAAACAUGAACUUUAAACAGACAUGCUUUUGAGUUAGUUGAUGAAAGCAGCAGUUCCGUAAAACAAACAGCAGUAACAAACGACUAAAGGCUGAAAUAUGCCCGUAAGAUUCUACUGGAAGAUGUGUUAGUCAUCAUUGUAAGCACAAGUACAUAUGACGCAAAAUUAACUUUCCACGUCAUACAAUAAGUAUUCGGUUCGUACCAGAACUUGGUAUUUAGCUAUCGAGAUUAUUUUGCAUCUUAUAAAUAAGCUGUAUUUUUUAUGCAUGUCACCCAGGUUGGGUUAGUAACAUCAGGAAUUUCAUAGAAAUCUGGACAAAAACGGGAAUAUAGACAAAUAGACCUUUAGGUAUUUUUAUUUCCAAAUUCCGAUGCAUCCGGUUAUUUUACGUGACCUGUAGCGUUAUUUCGACAUUAAGAAACCUUAAUUUUAAAUUUGCCCACAUGCACCACACCUUUUUUCCUCUAACAUUCAUGAACUCCUGUUGGAAAUAUACUGAAGUUUUGUCUAGAUGUGAUUUAUAUUCUCCAUGAUCAUUGUUCACCAAAUAAAUUUAGAUGAAUUGUAUAGACCCAUUCGGGGAUAUGGAGGCAGAAAUUUUGUUUUAAGGGCCUUAUGGUAGCAAGCGUCUAUGACUGGCAAACUUUUCAUUUCGAUUUGAAAAAACCUUGUUUUAUUGUGUUCUUUAAAGAUGAUGGUAGAGGAGGCGGAAAUCUUUGAAAUAGUCCCACGGAUUUGCAAACUUGCCUGUGGAGAGAGCGUGAGGAUCCGGAUUUUGUGCCGACACCAUGUAUCGGGGCAUCAUAAACUGCCGGUUCGCGUUAGAAUUACAAAUGGUCGAGAGCUUGUGGUAAGUUGGCUUUCUUGAUAGUUGAUAAAAAAUUAACUGGUGUUAAUUUUUUGGCUUUCAUUUACUUAUUGGACAUGUAAGUUAGAACCAACAGUGCAAUAUCACUUAUAGCAUGACUCUUAUGAAUUAUUGCAUGCCAAAAAUUAAGCUUACUUUCUGGCCAUAUAAUUUUCCUUUUUCGUUUAAGAUACCUUGACUAAUUCUACCAGAAACACUUGCAAAUGCUUUAUUGGGACUCUGGGCCAAACCGGGAUAUAAAGUGCGGAACGGAAAGACUCGUGAACAACCUCUAUUUCAAGUUUCUCACUAAAUUACAGUCCCACCCCAGGCUUGAAAUUUUCAAAUUCACAUUUAACAUCAGUUUCCCAUUCCACGUAAACCUCGUUACGCAGAUGCCGUGAGUUGGGGAUUUUGACCUAAGUGACGUGCGAGUUAGUUCUCCUCCGCAUAUUUACCGCAAGCUAAACAAUUUCUGGAAAUUCCAAUAGGUUAGAAUUCAGGAAAAAUAUGCCUCGGAAAAAAUUCUUGAGGGCAUUACAUCUUCGUGACGCGAAAGCUCUGGCUGGUCUUACUUAAACCGAUAAAUCAACGAUAGCAGUAUUAGAAGACGUCAAGUACAAGUAGUCUUACUAGGUCUUUCUAACACCGCACCCACUGUCGUAAAAAAGAUCGCAUUCCCAAACUGCACUACAUGUCGCCCUCUGGACAGCACGUGGUCUGCUCAAAAAUUUGACUUAUAUAACACUUUAAGACAAAUUUACAAAUUUUCUCAAAAUUGAGCUGGGCAGUUAUCUAGGUCGCCAACAUUAAAUCGCAAUUUUUGUGCUAUCAUGCCGAGUUCCAGCUAAGAAAGUUUUUAAUCACUUUUAGCUAACGUGAGGUAGAGGAAGAUCAACACUAAAAGGGUGCACUUUUCUGAUUAUUUUUGACAAGUAUGGUUAAAAUGCAUUGUCUUCAUGGACUAGCAUCUUCUUAAGCAUUUAUGUUCUGAGUCAUGCAAAAUGUUCGCUGCUUGCGGAUUUCUAAAACUUGUAUCCUUUCUCGAAACAAGGGGCAUUUUAAUGCACCUGAAUGUGUGACAGCAUAACAAGGAUACUACUAAGAAUUUACGACUGGCCGCAUUCCAAGCCACAGCUUUUAGCACACCGUGAUUUCUCAAGCGCGCCAGAUUGUUUAUACUUAGUAACUGCGCCCCCAAGGGUUGACAUGACUCACCCUACCCUAUCGCGCGCGCCCGUCAGCCGUCCGAGACGGUCAAUCAAGUGCUGUUGAGAUUAAGAGAGAUGGCUGUGAGAGCUGUGAGCAGCUCCUCUGUGCGUGCUACGCAGGCGAUCUGGCCAGCAUUUCACACAAAGGGAUUGGGCGGCUCAAAUCUCACACGCACGAGGGUGCGCCAGAAGCAUGGUUAGGGAGGAGCCAUUGAACCUGACCCUCAAUGCACCGGUCGACCACUCGACAAAACACACACAAGACCGACUGCGAGGUCUGGCUUGUAACAUCUUAUGGAAACCUCCCAAGCAGCGAAGUUUGGCGAGUUUCGUGAGCGUCAGAUCUACAAAUAGUAGGUGGGCUAACUCAGGAAAUGUCAACAGAAAUUCCGAAAUGCGCUUCCGUUUCGAAAAGAUUAAUUAAGUAGGGUUGUAAAACCAAUCAUUGUGCAGUAUAAUCCUAUAUUAAUUCAGUUACCCCAGGACGCCGGCUUUCGAACAAACUUCUUGCCGUCUGCAUGCAAAAGCCAUACCCCGUAAAAAAUGACUGCUUAAUUACCAUGCAUUUUUUCAUUGAUUUUCGAUGCCCGUAAAGAUUCAAUUGUAUUUCAUGGAAAACAUGCAUGAAAGUAUCCAUUCGUUUGCUCAUUCAGUAGAAAAUCACGCCUUCUUCCAAUUUUUUAUUCGGUUAGAAAAAAUUGUCUAUUUGUGAGAUUUUUUAAUACCGUGAAAUGGCCCUUCAUAAAACGCCAUGUCUCAUUAUUUACCAAUAUGGCUUGUACACUUAACAAUAUGUCUCGAAUCCACUACUAAAAUUAAUAAACCUAUGUUGUCUUCUCUUAAUACCGUAGAGAAGUGUACGGUUUUUCGUACGCGGAAAUUACACGGCUUGUAGUUUGGAAACCCUGAAUGCAAGUGUAACGGCAGGUCAGGUUCAACAUUAUUCGGGAACUGGAAAAGUUUUAUAAAACGAAAUUAUACCCUUCACUCGAGUAUAAUAUUGGAAGAAGAAGUAAUUUUCUACUGACUGAGCAAAAGAAUGAAUAUUUUUAUGCAUGUUUUCCAUGAAAUACAAUUGAAUCUUUAGGGCAUCGAAAAUCAAUGAAAAAAUGCAUGGUAAUCAAGUAGUCCUUUUUACGGGGUAUUGUUUUUGCAUGCAGACGGCAAGAAGUUUGUUCGAAAGCCGGCGUCCUGGGGUAACUGAGUUAAUAGAGGAUUAUACCGCACAAUGAUUAGUUUUACAGUCCUACUUACUUAAUCUUUUCGAAACGGAAGUGCAUUUCGGAAUUUCUGUUGACAUUUCAUGAGUUAGCCCACCUACUGUAUUAUGGCGCAAAAGUCGCUGAAGUACCAUGGGGAUGGAGUCCCCAGAGUCGACCUUACUCUCCCUCUAUUUAUUCUCCUGUGCACCGGCCAACCGUUCGAACUUGUCAAGUUGCAUAUGCUGAGCUGGGGCUCAGCGUCUGACAGGACCAGGCCACUCGUCUACGCGUGCCUCACACGAUGCAUCGUGGGUCACCUUCCGCCUACCCCACCAUGGCACCACCGCAAGCCCUUUGAAUCGCAAAGGAAGUGCCGUAUAGUCUGAGAUGCACUCCCGCUGCCUGCAGGUCAAACCUCUCAAAGGCAUAUGGGCAGUUUUACAAAUAAUACUUGUUAUAUUCUCCUAGACACAAAUAAGUAGUAGGUAGUGCCUUCUCAGGUUAAAAAUUAGCUGAUAAUGUGUAAUCAGCUAGCCAAAGACGUCUGUUACCGGGUUUGUAUUCUUUGAUUUUCAACCAAACAAUAAAGUUCUUGUUCUUUUUUGAAAAUGCCUUAGUUCAUGCUCAAAUCACUGACGCUGGAACCGGGGAUACCUCACCUCCAGCCGCUCUGUGAAAGCCUCACUUUGCCGCCAAUCUCUCUGCAGUGCAUGCAGGCGGAUCGCAAAGGCGUACUCCAGUCCUUUCAGUUACAAAAUCCAAGUGCAGUGCCCGUUCGCUUUCGCGUGACAGGCAUCAAACCCGUGUUGAAUGAGGGCGAAGAUUCCUUUUCUUCCUGUGACAGCUACUCCAAUCAGAUUGGUGCUGAUCAUCCACUCAUUCAGUUGCAAACGACCGAAGACACGAUUCUGCCAGGUGGGAUAGCGACAAUUAGUUGGAUAUUCAGGCCUAUGGAAUCUCGUGAAUACAAGGUAUUUCAGCUUAAACAAUUUUAAGGAUUUGAAUUUAUGUUUCAAAAGUGUUUUAGCCUUUUUUAAUCAUGUGCUACGCGCUUUCCCAAGAGGAGGGGGACAUAACUCUUGAGUCCUUGCAAAAGGUACCUCACAUACUCCUAAGUACAUUACAGUAAACAAAGGUUGCAUCCGUGAACGUUCAACUGUUAGGCGUUACACUAGCCCAGUUCCUUGACCAGUGGUUAAACUUACCUGUCUCCAAAUAUCUACGAAGUAAACACGUACUUCAAGACAAAGUGUGCCAAUUUCCCUAGCUUAUAAGCUCAACCGUAAAUGUAAAUGCCUGCAAACCAAGUGCAAAAACUCAUUUAUGUGGCCCCUUGAACAUAUUCUGAAGUCAAAAAUUCCUCGAACAUUAUAAAAGCAUGUAAAUGGCUUGUGCAGUAAUUUUCCUUCCACCCAAACGUGCAGCUGGUGGCUACUAUUGUUAACCAAAAUGUAACCCGUUAGCAAGUAGGAAUUAAUCUAGAAUUCUGACCUCACUAACGUACCACUUGCUGUGUUGGAACAGAUUUAGAAGAAAACUAUUUGGAAGACACAGUUCGUGACUUGAGAGCUUUUGUGCACACACUAUAUGCACUCGAAUAUCCACAAAUCUCAUGAAACGGCUCACAUAUCCUAACUGGAGUAAAUCAGCCUUUGCAAUCUUCAAAAUUUCUUUUCACUCAGAAUUUUAACUUUUGAAGUUUACGCCUAUUUAUUAUAAGUUAAUCACUCAGGUAUAUGACUGAACAUUUGCUCCCCACAAACAGGCUCGCUUUACUAUUAUUUACGCCGAUGCCAACCGCGCUUUGGGUGAACAGCCAUUAACUGAGAGUUCUCAUCAGUUAAUAUCUGCGGAUGUCAGUCUUCGAGUCUAUGACCCCCACCUGACCCACCCCAAAGAAUGUUUUACCUUGGAAGGAAAAACACUGCUAGAUAACGUAAGUUUUCGCCAAAAAAUAAAAACACUGAGCAUGUUUAUUUUGAAGUUAAUCAUUUCUUUAAGCGUAUGUAGUGCUGUGACUGAAAAUGCCCUCACCCUCGAGGUCCCUAAAUCUAUUAGAGCUUGUUGACGCUAGUUUCAGAAAAUGUUCGCCAAUGCGUAUAAACGCUUGAAGAUAUAAGACUAUGAGCAUUUUUUUGUCAAACCACCUAUGCCAGCGGAAAGUAGGAGGGAAGCCGGCCGGGGGUCAUGUGACCGGCAUGGGACGCCACCUCACCGCGACGCCCACGAGGCUGAUAUCAACUCAUCUGAGCCCCAACAACUGAUCAUUCCGUUGAGUGACGGGGGGAGGCCGACAAGCAUGCUGGCUCACCAGCCAUUACGACGGCCGCAAAGGUGCCAAAAUUGACAUGAGCCCACCGGUGGUCAAUCGCGGAGGGGUCAGCGCUAAUCGGCGGCGAACGGGCAGGUCAUAGUUCGUGCCUCGAGCACGGGUAUUGGCAGGUAACAAGGUUGAAGAAAUCAAGGCCACAGGAACAGCCAACACAUUACUCGGAUGAUGGAAACGAGAGGGUCUCCGAAACUCCAGUUCAAAUCUUAUUUUAUCCAUGAAUUCGCCCUCUAUUCUUCUUCUUCUUCCUCAGGAGAUGAUGAACGCGACACAAUAUAUGGACCUCUCAUCGACAUCUACGCAUAUAUAUGGGCAGUAUAUCAUUAAUGACAAAGACAAGGGAGACUGGAAUGGCCAUUUUUGUCAGCCUCAACUCCCAGAUGUGGAACACCUGAGGCUCGAUCACGCGACCUGUUGGUUAGAAGUCCAAAGUCCCUAAUUACUGAGUCAAGGGUCGUUUUUUGUCGGUUUCGACCGGAUAUAUACAAUGUUAUGCUGACAUUACGUUAACCGAUCAGGUUACGGAACACGCUUGUUCCGUGUUCCGAGUGAGAGAAAUUGAAUAAGGUCAAGGGAGUUAAAUCAGAGAGGAAGACUUGAAGGCAGUCCUUUUCUGCGACUUCCUCCGACGAUAACUAGUCUGGAGAGGCUAUAAGAAAUCUUCUGACCCGAAUGAGAGUUAAAUUCGGGGCAGUAAUGAGGGUGACGGAGCCUUGCCUACAUUAUGGAAACGCGCACACCCGUCAGGGUGCUGAUGUCUUAAGCUGAGGUAGUGACCGCAUGGCCAAGCCUGGCACAUGGUUCUAAAUUGCACCAAAAGUUGCAUAGCACUUCCUGAGGUCUAUUACUCUAUCGCGACCAACAAAGUUAGCGGAGAGAACGUAACCUAAGAUGAUGAGUCUUCCGAUCACAGCUGAAUGAGUACGGUGCUUAGGUGGUGAACAUCUUCUUGCAUCUCCAAUACGGCUUGAAUCAGCAGUGGUUAGCAAAUCGACGGCCCAGCCAUCCUACUACUCGCUAAACGUCAUAUUUAUAACUUCGUCGCAGACAUGAAUCGGUUAGCUGACGAUUAUUGCAGACUGUAGUAAGAACUGGCGCUUCAUGACAUCCUCAUAUUCGACGACUCAGUUCUCCAAGUCACAAUCUGGAAAACGCUUGUCUUUUCCUUACAUCAGAGUUUAUAAGCUAUAGACUGCCUACAGUACCUCAUUCGGUAGGAGUCGCGACAGCUACAGACUCGAUAUUGUGCGUCAUUUGGAAGAGGUCGUGAGGCCAUGCAUUACGAUACCGGCAAUAAAAAUUACAUAAUUAAACAUUAUAAUUACAAAACUAUUUGUGAUGUGAUAGAGGCCAAUAAAUGUGAGCCCUCAGGUGCGUACUAGCCUGACACACAACUUCAGUGCACCACAAAAAUGGAACUGAAUCCAAAGAUAGAAGCUGACCCCUUAGCGCUUUCAACUAUGCACUGGAUAAACAGGCUGCGAUUGAAAUACCUCCUGGUGAUAAUUUACUUCAGCCGAACACUCGACCGAUGCGUUUAACCCCUCUCAUCGUGGGCAGAAGCAUCUAAUAUUUAAAUUAAGAAUCAUAGUCGACCUUUUGCAGACGGGCAUCGGCAACUUACCAAUUAACUUGCAUUCGUCCCAAGGGACAGUAUUUAUUCAGUUCAUUAGAAGACAGAGAAUUGAUCUGGGAGAAAACAAAUAUAUUUAUUUGGUCUUUUGGACCUCACGCCCGAGUUCAUUAUCAAAUAAUUCAGUUCGGCCAAGUCCAGCGUACACUUUUGUUGGGUUGGUCCUUCUUCAUACUAGGUGUGUUCCAUCUUUUUCACGUGGUGAAGACGAAAAUUUGGCUGAAUUUAGCAACCGUUUUAAAUUCAGUCACAGUCCAUAGUUUAAUUUAGAGUUAGCUCUCAGUGACCGAGCUCUUUUUGUUUAUCCGGCAUCACAUUCUUGUGUUCUUCCCGUUAUUAGUCCUGGUUUUGGGGACCAACGUUUAGUCAGUUUGGCAUACAGUAAUUGUGCUAACUUGUGAAAUGUUAACGGAAAUUCUGAAAUUCGUCUUCGACUCAAAAAUAUAACUUAAGUAGGGUUGUAAUAUUAAUUAGCAUGCAGCAUAAUCCCAUGAUAAUUCAGUUACUUCGGCAUGCCGGCAUUUAUACAAACUUCUCUCCGGCAUCCCGCAAAAGCUAAACCCCCAUAAAAACGAUUUCUUAAGAAAUCUGAAUUUUUCUCACUGAUUUUCGAUCCCCUUAUAAAUUCAGACAUGUCUAAUAGGAAACAUGAGUAAAACUAUAAACUGGUUUUAAGAAACUUUUCCAAUCCCCGAAUAAUUUUGAAACUGACCAUCCGUUGCUCUUGCAUUCAGGGUUUCCAAACUACAAGCUGAUUUUUUCCGUACACGAAAAUUCAUACAUUUCUAUACGCUAUUAAGCGGUGACCAUUUUUGAGUCCUAAAAUUUAGCAGUGUAUUUGAGUCAUCUUGUAAACUUUAAAAGAGACAUUAGUAAAUGCAGAGAGGUGAUGAUUUAUGAACGGGCAUUUCACGGUCUUAAAUAUUUCAUAAUCAGAAACUUUUUAAAACCGAUUUGCACCCUUCCUUCAAGUAUAAAACAUAAAGAGAUUGUAAUUUUUUACCAAAUUAAUAAAAUAAGGAAUAUUUUCAUGUGUGUUUUGCAUGAGCUAUAUUUGUUUGUAAGGGCAAGGAAACUAACUAAGAAAAAUUCAUACAAUUAAGUAGUCAUUUUUACAUAGUGUAGCUUUUGUAGGUUGCCGGAAAGGAGUUGGUACAAUAGCCGACCUCCCGAUUACGCUGCAUGACAAUUAACAUUACAAACCUACUUAAGCAAUCUUUUUGAGUCGAAAACGCAUUUCAUGAAUUAGUACAUCUUAUUGGGUCAAGCACUGAAGUAUAGGCCCUCCCACCAAGUGCCACAGGCGACGUCGCGCUAAGUUCCAGGAGUGUUCCUAUUCCGUGCUCUUAUUUUGACCGUUACCUUAGCCGUAACACUUACCCUAACUCUAACAAUCUUAGCUCCAACCCUAAGUCUAAGCCUCAUAAUCCUGACCCUAGCCCUCCUAAACCUGACACUAACACUGAUCCUAACCCUGGAAUUAAGGGCAAAGCCACCUGUUAUACGGCCGUCCAUAUUCCCGUGCGCAACCUAUUAUUAUUUAGGUAGCUGACAUUUUUCAUUUCUAGCCAGGAUCUAACCGUAUUGCUUCAGAUUUACAGUUGAGCUGACACUAACUGAAAGUUCCUCUUUUCAGCUAUAUGAAGUAAGAAAUAUCUCAGCGUCCUAUUUGUGCCCACUCACCCUACCAUGGCAGUGUCUCUUUCUUUCUGAAAAACUUGUUGAUUGUGGGCUGACAGCAGUUCACAAUUCGACUCACAGCAUUAUGUUCAUGAACUAUCGGAGAUCAGUCUCGGCUCAGGAAGAGGACGAAUUUCGGCCCGCUCUGUUUCGAUGGGAGCCCCUUCUUGCAGAAUAUGCUAAGGUGGGUUUUUUCGAUGUGUUAAUAUGUUGAAACAACAACUAGUGCUUAAGUGUGACCUACUGAAUUUGGGUAACACCUCGAAAAAUGGUUCUGGUCGACUUUAUCUGGGUCAACUGAUAGCUGUUUAAUAUCGGCAAAAUUAGACUUAAAUUGCCUGCAAAUGGCGUUUUGCGAAGACCAACAGCUAUCUCCCUCAAUGAAAUCGUGGAGUUGAGCUCUAACCAUAGAUUAUACCUGUGAACAUUCUGAUAGGAAUGAAUGAACGAGUUCCGGUAAGCAGUUCAGAAGAAGAAGAUGCAGUCGCUGGAACAAGAGGUUCAUUGGCCUGACGCUACGGACUGUCUCUGAUAUGGGUGCGAGUGAAAAUCCCAAACAUCAGGCCAGUAAGUCUCCUGUUUCAGCGAUCGCAUCUUCUCCUUCUUCAGAGUAAGAAGCCUGGCAUCGAGCGAUCAAAGUUCUUUUUCUGCAAUCAUGUUUAUUUACAUGUUCCUGCUUAUAUUAUUGCCAGUGAGAGUUUUAGACAGCAUUUUCAGGGAAAAAUUCAACGUCCAUGUGACCUUAAGUACCUUGGAUUGCAGUCGUCAGGCUAAUAAAGCUCUUGUUCCAGCGGUCGUGUCUCCUUCUUCGCAGCCGUCAGAACGUUGAACAGUAUUUCAAUGGUAGAGCGGGAUUCAAUAUUUAAUAAUCAAGCAGUGUGUGUUGGAACCGUAGGUCCUAACGAUCUGAGGUUUGGUUAUGGCUGACUGAAAGCUCUAAAUAUCUCUAUAGUAUUUUUCAGUAGUACAUCUCAGAGGGUCGGCUCGCAUGCAAUUAGAUCAUAGAAUUAGUCAGUCAUCCAAAUGACUGGCCAUUUAUAUUAAGGGCUUGAAGAAAACAUGGUAGUUUUAACGCAUAUCACUUGAGUUUUAAGUAAUUAUAAAUCCUUCAAGCAAAUUUCGCAUUGAUCUCGUCUUCUGGGCGUCCCUGAUCUAUUGAACUGCAACCCCAGAUGGUUAUUCUCUGGAAUAAAAGAUCCCAGCUGCUUCUCCUUAGACGGACCGCAGUUUUAUAUUUUAACAUGUUUGACCUGCUUCCUGAAAAUUUUAUAAUUAAAAUUUACAUCCAAGUUCAUAGACAAAGAACCCUUUUAAGUAGUUCGUAGACGAGGGUUGCCAUAUAGGUAGAUUGUCUUAGCAUCGUGCGAACUUCCUGCUGCCGUAGUUGUGGCUCGUCAAUCAUAUUUAGGCAAACCAAAGGUCUAAAAAUUUUCUAUUUUGGGGAUCAUAUUUCCACCACCUAAGCCACACUGAGACGAUAUGCAGAAAAUCAUUUUAAGACAGUUAGUGCUAAAAUUUAGAAACUUCAGCGGAACAUGUGUCAGAAGUCAGCGACUCUCAACCAUCUUGGGAGCCUCGAGAGACUGACGUUUGAAGACUAUGUACAGACAGUCAGAAAUAAGAGGAUCGAGGCCAGGGGCACAAAGCUUCUAAAAAGUGCAUAACCAGUGAAGGAGCAGACCGCCAUUCGGAGCAAUCCAGAGCGAUGUGUUCACAACUAUUUUUCAUUACAUCUUGACAAAACUCUCGUAGAAGUAAUUUCUCUCGGUCCUAAAUUUUUCAUUGCAUGGCGGGGGCAGAAACAACUAGAGCUCGAAAUACAGUUCGAGAAACCCCUUUAGCCAGACUACCAAUCUAAAACUCUCCUAGCCUAGAAAAGUUUACUGCCAUAAAUCGACUCUGAUAAACUGCUGUCAACAGUAUUUAGCGAAGGCUCCAAGGGGACAAGGUCCCUUGGCAAGGACUCAUAUCAAUAGUCACAGGAAUCAAAGGAAGAAGGGGCGUUCACCGGGAGCGGUUUACUUGAGGUCCGGCGUUUCGAGUAGUUUAUUCGUCUACCCAUCUUCAGAGACUGGGAAGCCCCCUGCACAGCUCCCCUUAUAAUGGCGCCCUUUGUUCAAUGCGUGAUCCACCAAUGCUGCCUGUGUGGCUGCAUCCAACCCGAAUGUCACCGUGACCUGAAUCGGAGGUAGCAACCCAUGCCGUGCAAAUGGGGCACAUCUUCAACUUUGACGCCGUUGAGAUUGUGGGCCGGGGCGGCGAUCACACAGCAAGGCAAGUGCAAGAAGCCGACCGCUCUGUCCACCGCCACAUCAAUUUGCCUCCCCCCUAUCUGACUUUACGAACCUUCUUAGCAGGGGACAGUCACGGCGCGGGACAAUCGGGGCCGUCAGUCAUCUCCGCGGCCGACGGGGGCGAUUCAGGUCACGGUGACAUGCGGGUUGGACGCAGCCACACAGGCGGCAUUGGUGGAUCACGCAUUGAACAAAGGGCGCCAUUAUAAGGGGAGCUGUGCACAGGACUUCCCAGUCUCUGAAGAUGGGUAGACGAAUAAACUACUCGAAACGUCGGGCCUCAAGUAAACCGCUCCCGGUGAACGCCCCCUCUUCCUUUGAUAUGCCACCUGGGAAUCGAAUUUUCACUACUAUUGAAGUCACAGGAAUCUUCGCGAAAAUGAAAACAUUGUUUACAAUAUUCGUCUACAACGCACACUGACAAGGAUGUUAUUGAACAACAGGAAAGGAGAGCGGCUUGUCCGGAGUCCCGAAGCGCGUCACUGAAGAUAUAGAAAUAGUUUUGAAAGCCGUCAUAUCGGUCGCAUUUUAACUGCCCAGAGCACGCUCCGUCUGUAUGCCACCUGCAACUAGUUUCCCUGCCACAACGAUGUUGUUCUUUUGGCUGCAUAUGCAACGCCAACGACAAUGCCCUAGCAUCAAUUGAGUAAUGAGUUGUCGCGGAAGGUAAGUAGCUCGUUUGUCUCGCGUAUCUUGGUCCCCCGAACAUGCUGGCUAUAGAUAGUAAGGAUGGACUGAAUGUCACACAAGUCCCCUCUAUAAUGCAAUCUGCGCCCGAGUAAUCGCCGCCUGCCCAGAUAUUUGACCCUCGUCAACUUCCAAGGAACUGAAAUGUUCGAGAUAGGGAGGAAGGGAAGUCACUCUUCCCAAUUUUUCGAGUUUUCUUCCAAUUUGUUCUUAGCAGCAGGAAAAAAUGUGGCAGCAGAAAUAGCUUAGGUGUUGGUACAGGCCAUUCUAAUCCACCUCGUGUUAAUGACAGUGUUUGUAUUGGCGAUAGUGUGUGACGCAAUCAUUGAUUUGGUCUAUGGCCUUCGUCCUAACUGUAUGGGCGUGAUAAAUGCACCACACAUGUUGAUGGAUUCUCAGUCUGAUUUUCACAUUUCGAUCACCUAACUUGGAUUAUCCUAUUAGUGACCAUAGCUUAACUGAUUGUAAGCUUAAUCCUCGGUCCUCAAACAGGAGGACGACACAAGCAAGAUGAAGGUUACAUGGUGCAAGAAACCUCCACAAAAUUGUCGAUGUUUUUUGGCAAUGGUAAACUCGGGUUCCAAAUCGGAUGUCGAUUGGUUUCUAGCAGGAAGUUAAGAAACGGUUUUUGGCUUGAUCCUAGGGUCUGUCCAAUGGUAAAAAAGAAAGGUACCACACCUCAGUUCACCAUUGAACCGAAACACACACACCAACAUAAGCAGUGACAGAGUGUUUGCUUCGGCGUUUGAGACGUCUGAUUACUUGUUAAAAUCGCUGUUCGUUUGUCAAAACAAUCAGUGUAGAAAACUUAAGAGAUAAGUUUACUGCCCAGCACGACAUUAAUGCUUUAGACAUCAUAUCGUCUAUGCUCGUGCACCCAAGAAUUUAACAAUUGCGGGGGGAAAUGCGAUGACAUGGAGAGUCGUUCCAUAUGCAUGCGAAUCAUUCGAGUUCUGAACUUUGUCCACCACGCGUGCUUAACGCUCGACAGUGGCGACUACGAGCAGACGAGGAUCACGUCAGUUGUUUCGUCGACUUUUGAAGUUAUAGCCGAGAAGGAGUAACGAUGGUUAUCGUCGGUAUUUUCUCACAUUACUGAACGAAGUCUUCGGCUCUUAGCAUGAAGAAUGAUUUCGGCAUCGUUGCAGGAAAUUGGGAGUUACCAUUUACAAAACACCUCCUGGACUUAUAUUCAGCAAAAGGGGCGAAAGGGAUCAACCAGUUGACUUUCUGUGAUGCCCUGGUCUGCCGUUAGCGAUGUGGUUUCUAAGAAACAGUGUUCGAGUAAGCGACAAAUACGAUGUAAACACUGCGGUUCAACAGCAACGAUCCUAUCAGCCACAAACCCGGAUGUAUGAGGAGGUUUCAAUGGGACGCUGGGACGCACUGCAAUGAACUGACAGACAAGAUUUCCGUGAUUUCAGUAGUUUCAGUAGGCAUAUAGAGCGAAUGGACGCUAGCACAACUUCGUCAACCGGCGCAAUAAAUAUAGGAAGAGGAUAUUAACCACAUCAAACCCUUAUCUUAGGGAGAGCUCGCAUGUGGUUAUGGAUCCCCCUGAGGCCGUCAUAUGCCUUUUUCACCUAACUCGUUCCUGGUACUUUCCACGAAUCAGAGGGAGACACCCGCAAUGGCGCGCACCCACUCUUAUUCCAAGAAAUUUCCGAAGUUGUUUACUGAAUGUGGUUUAACUACAGACAAAUCAACUAGGCCGGAGAAACAGAAAGAUUACUCUAUCUCUGCAGUGAGGACGACUGUCGCAAAUCAUCAUGCCGUAACCUAUCCCGCAACGUGGCCACAACGUCAUGUUGGACAAGACAAAAGUAACUUCUAGAGUCACAAUUUGCUUAAACCAUGAUCUUUCAAUCUGGCUGUCCGGUCAUCAAGUGAAAUCACCUCGUCUUCCAAGUGGAUCGCUAAGACUACCUGUGCAAAGUAAUCAGUCGCGCGGUGAGCACGAGGGAGGGUAGUGGAGAGGAAGACUGCCAAAUUAUCCUUAGACUUACUGUUACAGUGAGUGACCGAUCUCAUGAAGUGCUGACCGAAGGCGCACGUUGAAUCAACCGGACGUAGUCAAUCAGGCACUUAUUAAAAACAACGGUGAUGUCCAGAACGCUGUCUGCCAGGGUGAAUGCAGUAGCAGAGCGACUGUGUCCUAUAAAUACCCAUCUUCACUGUGCCUCCAUGUCGCUCUUUCUCUCUGUCUCUGAUUGGGGGUUCAACCAUGAACCGGAAAGGUCCGGCAAAGAGCAUUCCUUUUUCAGCGGUCAAGCGUACUCGGCCUCAUGUACAAAUGUGUGACUUUAUGCUAAACUGUGAGCAGUCAGUCGGACGGCCACCUCAUCUGAGCGAAAUGGUCUCCAUUUUCCACCCCCUGAUUACUUCGUUUCUGAGAGCCUUCUGACACAAAUCAGUGCAUGCCACACUUACGGUUCUCUUUCAUAGCCACCAACACCUACCUGCCUCCCGGUGAGGUCGUAGACACCUUAUGCUUAAAGCCAGGAGUUUGGUAUUCCUUCUGAGUCGUUCAAACAGCUUGCAUUCCCCACUUAUUGUCAUCUCGAUGUCUCAGGGCCCGUGAACGGGACGUUCCAAAACUUCUUGUAGCUAAUUUUGUUUGCUAACGGAUGUUUACUCCUAAAGCUACGGGUCUGCACCGCAAUGAGUGCCUCCCUUCGAUCUCAUCUCCUAGGGCAAAUAGAUGUCGGAAAUAAGGAGCCAAACAUGUUCUGGGAAAGUUAAACGAGAUACCACUUUAACCUUAACUGCGAAAGUCGAUUCGCGGGACUCAGUGUGCGUUGUAAUUGCAUUGUCCUCCGAAGGCAUCCUACCUUUAUUUUAUCGUUUUUACUUUCAGGAUUGCACAGUGGAACCCUCAGAAGGCAUAAUCGAGCUCGGUCAAACGGUGAAGAUUACCUUUCAUGUACAUGGAGGACCUGCACCCAAGUUUUUCGAUAUGGAUUUUGUUUGCAAGGUAGGUCUCAGUAGCGGUUUUUCUCAUGAGUAUUAAAACUUUUACGAAAAUUCCUGGGUUACAGUGACUAGGUAUUAGACAAUGGAAGAGAAGGCCAACUUUUUCACUUAAAGAGACUGUAGGUAAAUAAUCCCAGUUAAACUAACAACGCAUGGUCUCUCGGGUCGACUAACCUUCCAAGUUCAAUAAAACUUCAAAUAUUUGACGAUAACAACGGGCUUAUUUUCAAAAAUGAACCCUAGACAGUCGAUAAGUAAUGUCCUACACAGUGUCCUGCCCGUUGACAUGCCCACCAACGCGUCAUCGACUCUAUCACACAAGGUCGCAUCAUCACAGAAUGUACUUGUAAGGUAGUUUCUGACUACCGAAAUGCAAAAUAUGUUAUUUUUUGUCCUUCUUUUUAGAUUGUCCCCCAGCCAAUUGACGAUGCGGGCGUGGAAGAACGUCAUUUAGCGGGGUCAGGAAGGCGUAAACCAGACAAAAAACCGGUCUGUGGGAAGCAUAUAUGGCCCCUGGGGGAGACACAAGUGGUCACUGUUACCGCGAGGUCACUGAGUUACGACGAGAUGAAGCGUGAGGAAGCAUGGAUAGCCCCGUAAACAAUUUAAACAUGAUUAUUUUGUUACUUUUUGCUCGCUUACUGCCACUGCUGAUUGACACAGGAGAAGUGAGUACGUUUUACAGUGGAAUUGUUAAGAUACCGUAGAUAUUCGGGUUGUUCAUUUCACUCCCCACACUGUCACGCUACCUUUACGUGGCAGACUUAUCCAUCACCAUUCGCGCUCCUUUUUACGUUGCUAACCGCGUUGUUGUGCUUCAUUUCCCAUGUUCCAGAAGUAUAGUGAAAGAUCCCGCUGCAUUUUCUUGACGUUAGCUCCUGAUUCGAAUAAUUCAACCCAACGCUGCUGUCACUGUCGUUGAAUAUUUUUUUGUGCAAACGACGCCAUCUCCUAAGACAUGCAGACUGAUUUUGCGUUACGGCAUCUGCCUAAAGGCAUCAUUAUAAUGAAUCCUCAGAUACGCCUUGCCCAUUUUUGUGAAAGGCCUGCUUUUAUUAACCUGCUCUGUAACCAGAGUUUAUUGAGGAUGAUGUGACCCCCUAGUUCUACUCAAAACGAAGAAGUGAUCGAUAAUCGGAAUCGUGGAUCGCAGCAAUAAAAACCCUUUGCCCAAAACUCACGUUAUGAUAACAUAUAAAGACAAGCGAUAUCGUAACUCUAGUAUUUGUCAUUGUCAUUGCAUAUGUACAAACUCUGCUACCUCAAUCGAUUUAUUGCAUUCUCGAGAGCGAUAUUUGAUGGGGUGGAUCUUCAUACGCACCUGCUUAAACACGUGUGAUCGAACGGUUUCACCGUGAAAUACGGAAAAGAGGCAGGCAGGACCCCAAGGUUUGCCUGUGGGAUUUCAACAAAUUGCUAAUCAUAUAGUGCUUUAGUAUUCUAAACCCCGAAAUUGGUAAAUACAGAUAGUUCAGAUGGAAAACUGGACCGUUUUAUUUUCUCCUCCAACUUUUUAAAUGCACUUUUUAAUCCUUGAUUAGACAGUAGCAAGUGUGAGGGUGUGCAGGCUUGAUAAUUACUAGAUUAAGCAAGGCAAGUGGUAUAUUCAGAUCCCCGACUUUUUAAGGAGUACCGCGCCCUUGGACCUCCCAUAAUACUAAUGACCUUGACCUUGCCUUCGAUUUAUCAAAACAUUCAGGCCGCCGCUGCCGCAUGA